AUGAUUAAGUUUAUAUUGAUUAUUCUUAUUUCUUAUUGUUCAGCAACGAACAAUUCCUUUCGUGGUUAUGAUUUUGGACAAUACUAUUCUCGUAUUCGUAUAUAUGAAUAUACGGAUUAUUCCAGUGUAAAAUUUUUGAAAUUUAAUAUAUAUGAUACAACAAAAUUAGCUAAUUGGUCAAUAAUUAUUGAUACAAAUGGACAAUGUACCAAUUAUCUUGCUAAUAUUCAUUUUGAUCUUCAAUAUGGUGCUUAUCCAUUGACUAAUCCACGAAAUGAAUCAUUUCCUGAAACGUAUAUAAGUACUCGUCAUGAUUUAACUAAAACAGUAUUUAAUCGAACAGUAUCUAAUGGAACAGUUCAGUUGGAAAAUCCUUUGAGAGGAACAUGGUUUGCUCUGGUAUUUGUUGAACGUUUACCAACAAAUACCCAAUCUAAAAGAUCGUCAAGUAACUGUAACAUUUAUCUAACAACUUGGCUUGACUAUCAAGCUGAACCAGCUCCAUUGACACUUACUCUUAAUCAACAACUUCAAAUUAUUCUAUCAAAUAGUUCAACAUUCAUUUAUGCAUCAUAUUAUACAUCAAUAGGCAAUUCUCAACUUACUCUUUUAUCCGAAUGGCUUUCUAAUUGUGAUAUAGUGAUAUUAGGACGAUUGAAUGGAUUACCGAGUGUUGUUCAAUAUGAUUAUCAAACUGUUUGUAAAAAUGGUUCGUGUUCAAUAGAACUCGAUCAAUUAGCUGCAUUUAUUUGGAUUUAUUUCCAAAUAUCAGUGAAAAAUUUAUCAUGUUUAAAUAAUCCUAUUCAUGGCUCGAUGCUUAUUCAUUCUACAGACUGUUCAUCUUAUUCAUAUAAUGAUACUUGUAUUCCGUCAUAUCCAACUCGACGUCUUAUGUUUAAUUAUUAUUUUGAUUUUUUAUAUAUACCUAUGUAUACAAAUACCAAUGUUACUUCAAUAACAUCGAAUGGAAGUGAUUCAUCUGUUUAUUCAUAUGAAUUUAUUGUUGAUGAUAGAAAUAUUGGUGGAACAAUACAUAUUGAUUUUGAAACUCAAAUCAAGUCUUAUGCUCCAUUGAAUGCAAAUAUUAGUAUUCUUGGAUGUUUAUCUAAAAAUCGACCACGUCGAUAUCAUACAUGUGAAAUUGAUUAUAAAAUAUAUAUUAAUAAAAAUUCAGUUGUAGUCAGAUCAUUACCUUAUCCUGAAAUGGCUCUUUGGUAUUUAACAUUAGAAUAUAAUUGCAAUGAUUCAAAGAAUAUAUGUAAUAAUGUAUCAAUGUCAGUUACAUUUCAAAUAUCAUCAUCACAAUGUACUCGAGAACAAUGUGGAACAUAUGGUAUUUGUAGAAUAAUGACAUCUCAACAAAAUAUGUUUUCUACUUGUACAUGUCUUGUUGGCUAUCGUGGAUACGGUUGUACGGAUGGUACUUAUUCGUAUCUAUCAAGAUAUCUACCAAGUGCUCUUUUCUUAACACUUAGUAAUUUAAUGUUUAUUCCGGCAGUGAUAGUAGCAAUUUAUUAUCGUUUAUAUAUUGAAGCACUUGUAUAUUUUUUUAAUAUGUUUUUUUCAACUUUUUAUCAUGCUUGUGAUCAAGAAAUUCAUCAAAUUUGUAUAUUUAAAUAUGAUGGUUUACAAUUAUCAGAUUUUAUUGGUUCAUAUUCAUCAUUUGUUAUAACAUUAAUAACAAUGUCAAUUAUUCCACGAUCAAUAAAAGCAUUUCUUUUUAUAUUAGGUAUAUUAACAUGUAUUGCUAUUAAUGCACGUGAUCGUUUUGAUAGUUUACAAUUUGUUGCUUUAAUGAUUAUUACAUUCAGUUUUACUAUUAUAACAUGGAUAGUUGUUUCAAUUAAAAAACGUCGUCUACAACCAUCUCGUAAACAACUUUUAUUAAUUACACCUGGACUUGUAUUAUCAAUUACAGGCAUUAUUUUAUUUGUUGUUGUUGAAACAGAUGAUAAUUAUUGGUAUAUACAUAGUUUAUGGCAUAUAUUGAUGGCAACUUCAAUUUUAUUUUUUCUUCCAAAGAAAAUACGACAAAAUACGCCAACUGAACGAUUCAGUGAAAUAGAUAGAACUCCAUUUCAUUCAUCAGUUGGUGUUAUUAAUCAAGGAGCAGCGAUACCACUUGAUCAACAAGACAAUUCUCAUGAAACACAUUGA